UCUGUCGCACAGGCUGGUGUGCAGUGGUGUGAUCUUGGCUCACUGCAACCUGUGCCUCCUGGGUUCUUGUGAUUUUCCUGCCCUAACUUCCUGACUAGCUGGAAUGUCAGGCGCCCGUCACCACACCCUGACCUUUUGAAACAGAUGGUCACCAUGUUUAGAUAUUAGCAGUCCCAUAUGUGCAUGUCUGCAUUUGAAAAUGGCAGAGGGAAACAGCAAUGAAGAGGUGAUUCACUUGAACAACUUUCACUGCCAUCGGGGACAAGAGUGGAUCAAUCUCAGAGAUGGGCCCAUCACCAUAUCUGACUCCUCCGAUGAGGAAGGGAUUCCAAUGCUGGUCACCCCAGCUCCUCAGCAGCAUGAAGAAGAGGACCUGGAUGAUGAUGUCAUCCUGACAGAAGAUGAUUCUGAGGAUGACUACGGUGAAUUUCUGGAUCUUGGGCCUCCUGGAAUCUCUGAAUUCACUAAGCCAAGUAGCCAAAUAGAAAAAGAACCCAAGCCUGGACCGAGUCGUAACGAAGCAGCAAAUGACAUUGUCAACCCCAGAUCAGAGCAGAAAGUCAUCAUCUUGGAAGAAGGUAGCCUUCUUUACACUGAAAGCGAUCCUUUGGAAACUCAGAACCAGUCAUCCGAAGACUCAGAGACAGAGCUGUUAUCAAAUCCAGGAGAGUCAGCUGCUCUAGCAGAUGAUCAGGCCAUCGAAGAAGACUGCUGGUUAGAUCAUCCUUACUUCCAAUCUCUGAACCAACAGCCCCGUGAAAUAACAAACCAAGUUGUUCCUCAGGAACGGCAACCUGAAGCAGAACUGGGCCGCUUGUUGUUUCAGCAUGAAUUCCCGGGGCCAGCUUUUCCAAGGCCAGAACCCCAGCAAGGUGGGAUUUCAGGCCCCUCUUCUCCUCAGCCUGCCCAUCCUCUAGGAGAGUUUGAAGACCAACAGUUAGCAAUUGAUGAUGAAGAGCCAGGUCCAGCCUUUCCAAUGCAAGAAUCUGAAGAGCCCAAUUUGGAAAACAUUUGGGGGCAAGAAGCUGCAGAGGUAGAUCAAGAACUUGUUGAACUAUUAGUGAAAGAAACGGAAGCAAGAUUUCCAGAUGUAGCAAAUGGGUUUAUUGAGGAAAUAAUUCAUUUGAAGAAUUAUUAUGAUCUGAAUGUACUUUGUAAUUUUCUUCUGGAAAACCCAGAUUAUCCAAAGAGAGAAGAUAGAAUCAUUAUAAAUCCCAGUAGCAGUCUGCUGGCCAGCCAGGAUGAGACAAAGUUGCCUAAAAUAGACUUUUUUGACUAUUCUAAAUUGACUCCUCUUGACCAGCGCUGCUUCAUCCAAGCUGCUGACCUCCUCAUGGCCGACUUCAAAAUGCUCAGUAGUCAGGACAUCAAGUGGGCCCUGCACGAGCUCAAAGGACACUAUGCAAUCACCCGAAAGGCCUUUUCUGAUGCCAUUAAAAAAUGGCAGGAGCUAUCACCAGAAACCAGUGGAAAAAGGAAGAAGAGAAAAGAAAUGAACCAGUAUUCUUACAUCGAUUUCAAGUUUGAACAAGGUAAUGCAAACUGUGUUGCUGGCAUGCAGGACAUUUCAUGUGUGUUUCUUGACUGCCCACAGGACGGCCAGCUGAUUGAGUGUCGCUGCUGCUAUGGGGAAUUUCCAUUUGAGGAGCUGACGCAGUGCGCAGAUGCUCACUUGUUCUGCAAAGAGUGUCUCAUCAGAUACGCCCAAGAGGCAGUCUUUGGAUCUGGAAAGUCGGAGCUCAGCUGCAUGGAAGGCAGCUGCACGUGUUCGUUCCCAACCAGUGAGCUGGAGAAGGUGCUCCCCCAGACCAUCCUAUAUAAAUACUAUGAACGAAAAGCUGAGGAGGAGGUUGCAGCAGCCUACGCCGACGAGCUUGUCAGGUGCCCCUCCUGUAGCUUUCCUGCUCUGUUGGACAGUGAUGUGAAGAGGUUCAGCUGUCCUAAUCCUCGCUGCCGAAAGGAAACCUGUAGGAAGUGUCAGGGACUCUGGAAAGAACAUAAUGGCCUCACCUGUGAAGAGCUGGCUGAAAAAGAUGACAUCAAGUACCGUACCUCUAUUGAAGAAAAAAUGACUGCUGCCCGCAUUAGAAAAUGCCACAAGUGUGGAACUGGCCUCAUCAAAUCUGAAGGCUGCAACCGCAUGUCCUGCCGCUGUGGUGCCCAGAUGUGCUACCUCUGUCGAGUUUCUAUCAAUGGAUAUGACCAUUUCUGCCAACAUCCCCGCUCCCCAGGAGCUCCUUGCCAAGAGUGUUCAAGAUGCUCUCUCUGGACCGAUCCCACUGAAGAUGAUGAGAAGCUUAUUGAGGAAAUUCAGAAGGAGGCUGAAGAGGAACAGAAAAGAAAGAAUGGAGAGAACACCUUCAAACGCAUUGGACCCCCGCUGGAGAAGCCUGUGGAGAAGGUGCAGAGGGUGGAGGCCCUCCCGAGGCCCGUUCCGCAGAACCUGCCACAGCCACAGAUGCCGCCCUACGCCUUUGUGCACCCACCCUUCCCCCUGCCUCCCGUGCGACCUGUGUUCAACAACUUCCCUCUCAACAUGGGGCCUAUCCCAGCCCCGUACGUGCCCCCUCUGCCCAACGUGCGGGUCAACUAUGACUUCGGUCCCGUCCACAUGCCCCUAGAGCACAACCUGCCCAUGCACUUUGGCCCCCAGCCGCGGCAUCGCUUCUGAUGGCCCCGAACCCCCAUUGAGCAGCACAGAGCCCGUUUGGGGUGGGAGUGUGUUUGGAGAACCCUCCCCUACACCUCCCCCAAGGCUGGUGGCUGUGCCAUUGCAUCUUAGAUCAGGUUGAAGGGUAGGCUGGUUUUCUUCCCACCCCUUUCCUAGAAGGGCCAUUGCUCCCAGAAGAGUGAUCACAGCUGGUGGCCCUCUGGGGGCCUGCGUGGGAUUGGUCUGGCUCCCACUGGGCAGAGUUAAAAGGGCCUUGAAGCCCUUCCUGAAGAGUUCUGCCAUCCUAGCAGGCAGCGUGGUGGCCCUGGCUGCUGUGUCACUCCAGUCCCUACAGAAAGAGACCAAGAGGAAAUACUUUGCCUGCAUUCAUUUUUACCCCUAGCAAACACCAGGGGAAAACCUCUCAGAAUUAAAACCACAUGAGCCUUCCUUACAUAGCACAGACGAUCCAUAAUAAAAAUGAAGUCCCAAAUGGUGGAGUUCAGAGAGAGCUGCAGUGUGAACUGUUCCUCCCCUCACAUCCCCCUAGGCCACUAGUGACAGACCUUCUGCCUUGUCCAUGGCAUAGGCCGUAGGCCAGGCCCUUGCUACUCACACCUGGGCCUCCCCGGAGUGGACCCCUGGGGAGCAAGGCAGCUGAGAGCAUUUCCCUGGAGGGGCCCACAGUUGGGCAGAGGCAGCUGCACCUGCAGGCCCGGGAAGCAUUGCUCAGGAUGGGGGGCUAGGACUAUGGCCCACAGAGGCACUGCCACCACCGUGAGGGCCAAGAUGCUGUCCCCCCAUCCAGAACCCAUGCACCGUUGCAGUGAGUGUUGAGGGCACCUGUCCUCUCCGCUCUUAGACCUACUUUGAUGAGGCAUUAGAUGAGGCAGCAGCAGACCCUUCUCGUGGCAGGGGUUUUGUUCUGUUGCCGCCUGUCUCACCCUCAGUCUCUGGAAAGUCAGACUGAGAAAUCCUUUCCCUGGCCAGGCCACUGCAGCGCAGUGGAUGGUUCUGAAGCUGGCCCAUCGAAAGAGCCUCUUGAGGUAGCUAAGAUAGAGGCCUGGUGGCCCUGCCAGGCAGCCCAACUGCUAAGGGAGACAUUUCUGCUACCCUGGGUGAUAAGCAGCUUUUCCUCUCUGGCUUUUUGGGGGAGGAGUGGGCCUCCUGAGGGAGACAGGUGACCCUGGGUGCUGCCUCUGCCCCGUGUGUUCCCCUGGGUGUUCUCAGUGGUUGGUGAAGGCAGGUAGAGGGUGCUGUCGAGUACCUCCCAUGUGAGGGCCACUUCCCUUCUCAUGGGGUCAGCUGAGCAUCAGCUCGGCCCUGCCAAGUCCCCACUCGCCCUCCUCACCUCCUGUCCAGCCCCAGGUUUCUAGCCAUGCCCGAGGCAUCACUCUGGCCCAUUGGCAGAUAAGAGGCCUGAAACCUUCCUGGCUGCAGGCAUCACUUUCUCCUCCCCGUGGCCCGCGUUGUCAUGUUACCAUGGGGUUCCGAGAGGUUUGGAGUUCACAGACCUCAGACACAGCUGAGCCCGACAACCAUAGGGGUGGGGCUGUGUCAGCCUGCAGAGUGGCCUGCCACCUUCUGCAUCAGGGCCUGGCCCACCCGAGGUGCCUAGGGCAGGCGGGCACCGUCAUUUGCUGCCAUUGGUUUCUCAGACGUAUUUCAAGGACUAAAGUGGGUUUAAAAAGAUCUAAGAUGGCCCAGUGCGGGGACUCCCGCCUGUAAUCCCAGCACUUUGGGAGGCCAAGGUGGGCGGAUCACCAGAGAUCGGGAGUUCGAGAACCCGUCUCUACUAAAAAUACAAAAUUAGCUGGAUGAGGUGGUGCAUGCUUGUAAUCCCAGCUACUCAGGAGGCUGAAGCAGGAGAAUCACACCUGGGAGCGAGAGGUUGCAGUGAGCCAAGAUUGUGCUAUUGCACUCCAGCCUGAGCAACAAGAGCAAAACUGUCUCAAAAAAAAAAAAAAAAAAAUCUAAGAUACCCAUUCUUUCUGCCUUUGCCCGGGAUGGAGGCUUUGAAGACAGGUGGUCACCUGGGCCUGGGGUAAGGGUGCGUGGGGCAUCCGGGCUUGGGGGCAGCCUGCUGCUAUGUCCUUGCGCCCCUACCUGUUGGGCUGCCUGAACUUUGCUACUAACCUGAACGACAGUGCCUUGGAAAGGCGGGCUCCACGCGGCAGCGACAGGAUUGUCUUCAGUACCUUAAAUAUGCUCCCUGUGCUUUCCCAGGGAGGAUCUCUGGGAGCAGAGGGCAGCUGCAGACAUGGCCAGCUGAAGAGGAGGUGACCUCAGGCCCAGGGAGCCUCAGCUCCCUCUGCCCUGCACCCUAGGCACCAGCAAGGGGCCCAGGCAGGACAAAGGGAGCAGGCAGCAGCUGCAGAAACAGCCCUAGGCAGGUGCUGGCCUCAAUCCUAUCAGGGGAGGGGGAGCACAGAGUGAUGUUUCUCCUAAGGCCAAACCCCAAGGGUGGGUCAUUUGAGAGGAAUUCCAGCUGUUUCUGGCCACACUGGGCUGGUGGGGAAGGAGCUGCUGUCUUUUUCCUUGGAGGGUCCCUGAUUCCUGAGGAUCCCCCCUAAGCCAGGCACAGGGGACUGCAGGGCUGCUGUGAGCACCCACCUUGGCUCUCCAGGCCCCUCCGUCCAGAGGCAGGGCCUGGACCUCGGGCUCCUGCCUGGACCAGGGAUGGGAGAAAAGCACUGGGUGUCUUCUGAGCAGCCAGCAGGAGGUCGUGCUGGUGCCCAGAGAACAGGUCAGACCACAGGCAACCCUGAGGCAGCUGGCACCUCCUCUCUUCCCCUGCAGGGCUUGCCCCAGGGCACAAGGCUCCCCAGCCACAGCCCCCUCUUACUUGCCUUAAAACUGGAGAGAGGAAUCUAGUAUUUGCACUUAGCAAAAUAUUUAAAAACUGAAAAAAAAUGCAUGAUAUGUCACUUUGUAUAAAAAUAGAAAAAAUGAUUAAACUUUUUCUUUACCUUCUGGUAGUAAAAAUAGAUAAAAUAAUUCCGUUUCAACUACUGUGUGUAAAAAGCCUGUAUCAUAUGUAACUGGGACUUUUUGUAAAUAAAUGUUUGUGCGCUCUGCUC